AUGUCUUUACAACAAAAUGAAACAACUUCGGAGCGCAAACAUCCUCACACAUUGUCAACGACGGACUUUCAAAGCGCAGGUUCUGGAAUAGCUGCCAAAGCUAUGCGCACUGAACUGAACAAGUUGACUAAUGCGAUUCUAGACGUGAAGGCUCGUAAGGCUUUUCAAACCGAAAUGGACAAUUUUUAUAUGUUGUUUACACGUUAUUUGACUGAAAAGGCCAAAGGAACUAAAUUGGAUUGGGAUAAAGUUAAUGAACCUAGUCCCGAACAAAUUAUCAAUUACUCAAAUUUACCUCGUUGUGAGAAUCCUCAACAUCUUAAUAAAUUGGCCGUUUUAAAACUUAAUGGUGGUUUAGGGACAACUAUGGGAUGUAUAGGUCCUAAGAGUGCUAUUGAAGUUAGGGAUGGUAUGACAUUCUUGGAUCUAAGUGUCAGGCAAAUUGAGUACCUAAAUAAUAAAUACAAUGUCAGCGUACCUUUUAUACUUAUGAAUUCUUUCAACACGGAUGAAGAUACAAUGCGCAUUAUUCAAAAAUAUGGAAGUCAUAAAAUUAAUAUUCUUACAUUCAAUCAAUCGCGUUAUCCUAGAAUCAACAAAGAAUCUUUGUUACCAAUGCCUCGUACGCCUGUUGGAGAUAUUAGUCAAUGGUAUCCACCCGGUCACGGUGACUUGUUUGAAUCUAUGUCAAAUUCUGGAAUACUGGAUCGACUUAUUGCUGAUGGGAAAGAAUAUCUUUUUGUUUCUAAUGUUGACAAUUUGGGUGCAGUAGUUGAUUUAAAUAUUCUUCAACAUAUGGUGGAUUCUGACGCAGAAUUCGUCAUGGAAGUUACAGAUAAAACUAAAGCUGAUAUUAAAGGUGGUACCCUCAUUGAUUAUGAAGGUACUGUUAGAUUAUUGGAAGUGGCUCAAGUCUCUCCUGAACAUAUGGAGGAUUUUAAAUCAAUUAAAAAAUUUAAAAUUUUCAACACCAAUAAUUUAUGGAUAAAUUUAAAAGCCAUAAAACGGGUUACUGAAGAAAAAGAAUUAAACCUUGAUGUUAUCGUUAAUACUAAAACACUUGAGCAUGAUAAAAAAGUAAUUCAACUUGAAACUGCUGUUGGUGCAGGAAUCAAGCAUUUUAAAAAUGCACAUGGUGUCAAUGUACCACGAAGUCGUUUCUUGCCUGUCAAAUCGACCUCUGAUUUAUUCUUGGUCACUUCUGAUUUAUAUUCUCUUCAUCAUGGAGAACUUGUGAUGAAUCCAAAGAGACUCUUUCAAACAGUUCCGCUGGUUAAGUUGGGUGAUGAAUUUAAGAAGGUCUCAAAUUUUAUGUCACGGUUUCAAUCACCGCCUUACAUUAUUGAGCUUGAUCAUCUUACUGUUACGGGUGAUGUUACGUUUGGAGCGGGUGUACAAUUAAAAGGAACAGUAAUUAUUGUCGCGACUACGGGUUCUAGAAUCGAUAUUCCACCAAAUUCUCUCCUUGAAAACAAGGUCGUUUCUGGGAACUUAAGGUUAGUAACUAAUUUUUUUUGA